CAUCGAUAUCUCCACCUCUAUUCGCCAUUGCUAGACAACUUUUUUUCAAGCAAAAAAAGGUCGGUUGUGAAAAUCGUGAAAAUUAGAGAAGAAUCGUGAAAUUUCAACUGAAAAAUAGAACCAAAAGUUAAGGACACCAUUACCAGUUAUUGAAGAGCAAGAGGGAAAAGAGAAAUAGAUCACAAGAUGCGUGGACGCGGCGGAUUCAUUCCACGUGGUGGUGGUACCACUCGCGGCGGCUACUAUAAUAAUCGCAAUUCGAGCAACUAUGUUAAUACCCGCACCCAGGGCAACUACCGUCCUAAUAAUGGGCGAUACGAGAAUAACUACCACAACAACAAUAAUCGCUACAACAACAACAACAGCGGAGGUGGGGGCAAUAGCCACUAUGACAAUCGGAGUCGGGACAAGUUCACCCACCACAAUUCCAGCAGUACCAACCGCUACGAUUCCAGCUCCUCGGGCCACAAGCGCAGCUAUGACUCUUCUCGCGAUCGGAACGAUGACCGCAAACGCCCGCGUACAGACGAUUACCGUCGCACGUCCUCGUCGAACGAUCGCAGCGAUCGACCCUCGUCCUCGUCGCAGAACGUUGGCUCCUCAUCCUCGAACUAUCAUCAGCGGAGCAGCACCGGCGGUGGCAAUAACGGUGGCGGCGGGAGCUCGAGCUCCUACCGCCCGCGGGAUGAUUCCGCCAGCGGCAGCCGGCACCAGCGGGACGGAUCGAUGGGUCCCCAGCGGAUGAUGCGCAGCGUGGCCGGCACCAGCUAUAUAUCCCGACCCCGCGGCACAAUGUCGAUGCGGGGCGGCAUGAUGCGCACUGGGAUGCGGGUGGGAGCCAUGCGCGUUGUGCGCACCCGCGUCAACGAGUCGAAUGAUCUGCGCACCAUGCGCCGCCAGCUGCUCUAUGCUCAGCAGAAAGACCGGGCUCGCCUGCUCAAGAUUCAGCAGUUGAAAAGCUCGUUGCGACGACAACGCCAGGGCGGGAAUAGCAGCGACGACUCCAGCGGCAAUGAGGACAAGGACGGCGAUGAUGCUGAGAAAAGCAAGAAGAAGAAAGGCAAGGACAAGGACGCUGAUGGAGGCGAUGACACUGACGAAGACGACGACGAUGUUGAGGACGAUGAUGAGAAGGACGAAAAGAGCAAGAAGUCGUCGCCCGGUAAAAAGCGAAGCAGCAAGUCGGCCAACGAGGAUAAGAGCGACGGCGAAGGCAACGAAGAUGACGACGAUGAGCACGGUGAAGGCGAUGACGAUGAGGAUAAGGAUCUGAAUGAGUCCGAUCCCAAGAGCGGCAAGGCCGACGACGCCUCCGAUGACGAGGAUGUCAAGGUAAAGGCCGAUGGUGAGGCCGGCGAAGGCGAUAAGGGUGACGAGAAGGCUAAGUCGUCGGCCGACAAGUCAGGUAAGAAGAAGGACAAGGACGAUGCGAAGGACUCCAAGUCGAAGAAGUCGUCGUCCGUCAAGAAGGAGCGCUCGUCGCGCAAGGACAAGGAUGAUUCCGAUGAUGAUCGCAGCAAGGAGCGCCGCAGCUCCCGUCAUCGUGAUGAAGACCACAACAACCGCAAGCGCAGCUUCAUUAAGCUCAUUUGCGUCCAUUGCCGCAUCAAGUGUGUAACCUUUAAGGAAUACAACUACCAUCUGAACUCACGCUCCCACAAGAACUCUAUGCGCCAGGUGGCCCUCAACCAGCGUGCCGAUUUGCAGCGCAUGCGCGCCCGCCAACGCACCACGCAGCGCGAGAUCGAGGAGAACAGCAAGGAGGAGCACGAAUCACGCUAUUGCCGCCUCUGCCGUUUGGCCUAUCGACAGCCCAAGAAUCUCCACCAGGCAUCCGAGCAUCACAAGACCAUCAAGAAGUUCUUGAUGCCGUACUGCGGCUCCUGCCACCUGGCCUUCAAGAACGCCAUGCUCUACGAGAACCAUCGCUGCUCGCUGGAGCAUAUUAGGAACAAGGCCCGCAACGAUGAGUCCGGAUCGGACGAUAGCGUGGAUGAGCGCGAGAUUGAUUUGAAUAAAUUCCAGACCGUGGACUCAGUAGGCGAGAUCGAUGUGGACAUGGUCGAUGCUGAUGUGGAUGCCAUGGUUACGGAAGCGGAGAACGCUUUGAAGAGUGAGGAUGAAGAGACGCGCAAACGCGCUCUGAUUGGCCCAGACUUUAUCAAGACCAUCGAGGCCUUCUACUGCGAGUUGUGCAAUCACUAUUCCGGCAAGACUGACGACGUGUCACUUGAGGACUACACCAAGAAGCAUUGCUUGCAGCACUCCCACGUAAAGGCUUUCCUGCGCAACAAGGAAGAGACUGAAAAGAAGGCCAAGGCGGAGGAGGGCGAUGAAGAGGAUCACGAUGAGGACAAGAAGGCCGAUAAUGACGAUGCGGAGGGCGAUGAGGAGCUCGAUGGCAAGAUGAACGUGGACGAGGACGAAGAAUUUGGCGACGGAGAUGGAGAUGGAGAAGAUGGAAAUGGAAGCCACGACGAAAAGUUGUGGGAGGAGGUGGACAAGGAUCUGGGCGAUCUUCUAGCCGAAGUGGAGCCGUUGGGACAGGAAGAAGAGGAGGAUGAGGAGGACGAGUCCGUGCUUAACAUUGACAUUGCAAGCGAGAAAAACAAGCUUAAAGACGCCAAGGAGGAAGCUAACGGCGAAGCCGAUGAGGUACCAGCUAAAGACAACGCGCCGGUGGCUAAGUCGACAGAGAAAAAGCCCGUUGGCACCGCGCCAUCCACACCAACGGUCAAGACCACCGCUGCCGCCAAGCAGCCGGUGAAGAAAGCAACGCCCAAGCCGGCUGCCAAAGCCGCCAAACCUGGUCCAGCUUCCACGAAGCGCAAUGUCUUGGUCAGUGUGAAGCGUACAUCGGCGGCCACCAUUAAAGCUGCCACCAAGUCCGCGAACAAUGCGGCAGCCGAAUCCAAGUGAGCGAUACUCGAGCAGCAGUAAUAUAUAUUAGUAAUAGCAACAACCAAACCCAGUGAUUGGGUUGCUACAAACAUAUUUCAAAUAUAUAACUAAACCAUAAUGUGCUCAAAUAAGUGCACACCAGAGCUGCUCUGUCAUCUGGCCUCCGAGCCCAGCCUGCUUAAUAAACGUCUAGACCUAACUAUACCAA